CUAAUAACCUAAAAAAUUCAAUAUGUUCAAGCACUUGAGCGCUGGUGAAUUAUUAUUUGAACACAGUCAAUACGCUAAACUGAAACCUAAGCCCAGAAAAGAAACAAAAUUUGUUUCGACCACUGAAGUUUUAGAUAUCAAGGAAAAGACCGAAUCUUACCUUAGUGAAACAUAUAGUUUUAUAAAAGCUAGUAGAGUGGAGAAAGUUGAGCAUCUUUCUGUGGCUGAAUGGUUACCAGAAGAAAAUGUAGCUGUGGUUACUCGUCAAGUUAGCAAGAUUUGGGCUACAAUUGGUACAAAAGUAUGCAAUAGAUUACUAAUAGAUCCAUUUGAAAUCACCUUUCUAUUAGAAAGUAGUCAAUUACAAUUGAAUUAUAAAAAUGUUCCUAUGUCUUUGGAACAAGUGAGAUCCGCGGUUGGCAAAGAUAUAGUAAAUUUUAUAGAUUGUUAUAGAGUUUAUGCACAACUACGUAGAUUUGGAUACAUCAUUUUUAGGCAUGAUCCUAAAAGAAAUAAGAAAAGUCCUCCAUUCAGCUCUAGUUUAAAAAAAGAUAUUCCUGAAAGUACUUCAAAAGUUACCUGCUGUGAUAAUAAAUAUAAUCUUUAUACCGAUCUUAAAAGAAAAUAUUCAGAUCUUCAAAGUAAUAAUUCAAAUUUCAAAAAAUUGAAAAUAAUUGAAAAAGGAUCAGUAAUUAAGAAUGAUAGUAGAUAUCCAGAUUUUGGACAUGUUUUUAGAAACCUUCAAGUAUUUGGAAAUCUGACUGAAGCGUGUAAUCACACUGAACUUAUUUUUGACUUUGAUCUCUAUAGACCAAAGCGUGAUUUCAAGAAGUCUUCAUGCAAUUCUCCUUCUUAUAGAAUCAUUUUAUUAAGAAAUUUAGAUCAAGAUUUGCCAUGUGAAAUCUGUAUAAAAAAGGCAAAAUAUCAAUUAAAUGACAAUGUUCCAGUGUUAAUCACAAGAGCUGGGAUAGAUAAUAUAUCUUACUUUUCAUUAUCUUCAAUUGAUGCAUCCUUAAAUACACUGAAUAAAAGCCAACUAUUGUAAACAAAAAAGAUAAAUUUAUUUCUAAAAUAC